AUGGAGCCAACAAAACUUGUCGAGAUCAGUAGUGACAGCGAUCUCGAUGGAGGAGACACGCUGAAACAAUCUAUUCCGAGCGGACAUGAUAGUUUCGAUAUUGAUUCGAGUUCGGAUCUAGAUCCUAACGAGAUUGUGAAAGAGAUACCGAUAUAUUUAUCGCAGCAACUUUCAAACAAACUUUACGCAGUUCAAUUUCCCGUCAGACCACGCGCAAAUCCCUACGUGGGCAAAAAUACUCCCCGCGAAGCGCGGUAUAAACCGCAAUCGGAUAAGCUCGAACUCGACAUUCCACUACAAACAAACUCCCUAUGGUAUAAUCGCGACCGAGGCGAAGAAUUGAUGUUGGGCCUUAAUGAUAAAGAGGCGCAAACCAUAUACGAUCGAACAUGGAAACGAGAUCAACCCGAUGGAUUGCUGGACAAACAGACCCUGCAGUCCACGGUUGUCCCACCACAAGCCAAUUACUGGAUGGGUGUAAUGAAGGAUGGUGGUCUUCACUUGACACCGGUACGCGCCACAUUGCAACUACGUCCAGGACUGAAAUAUCUGGAUAAGAUCGAUGAAAAGAAUAAAAACGCGAAUAAAAAAGCCCAAGUUCUUGAAGAAGAAGAGUUUACGAAUGUCAAAUCCACCAACGAUGAUCCCGGCGUCGGUUCCAGUAAAAGCAGGGGAGCCGGGAAGGGAAAGAACGCAACCGCUGACAAAACCGCUGAUAAGUCAAUGUUAAAAAAGAAUUCCCGACCAAAAUCUCAAGGGUUGGGAGAGGAAGACACAUGGAUGAAGAUGAAGUAUUGUGAUGACGAAUCUAUCGAAACUUCCGACAUCUUUGAUCGUAUUUAUGCCGUGCGGACUGAUUCACUGGUAUGUAAGACGACGAGCAUGAACGAAUAUCUGGAUCAGAUUAGUGCUUUUUCCAAGGAGUUUAACGGUACAACACCGAACCCCGAGGAAAGCAGGCAAUCAUACGACAUCUAUCAAUAUGACCGAAUCCCCACUUCCGAUCUCACAUCAUCACCUGUUGACACUGUGUCUGCGAGACUUCAACUCAAUGACGCAGCCAAGGCAGCAUCCGGAAAUCCUAAAAGUCAAGGCCACCGAGGAGCCAAAGUUUCGAGAGGAUCUAGAGGAACAACAAGGGGUGGUGCAUCAAGAGGGAAGAAAGGCCCUGUUCAACGUGGAAGAGGAAACUGA